AUGGAUUUCUUUCCCUUUCUCCUCUCUUUCAUUUUUAUCAUUCUACAUCUCUCAGGACAAAGAGUUGUACGAGGUGAGGAUGAUAUUCAACAUCAUCAUCAUAAAGAACCUAUAACAAAGUUGUUUGUGUUUGGAGAUUCAUAUGUUGACACGGGUAACCUCAACAAAAAAGGUUUUGCUCCUUCAUGGAAACAACCUUACGGUGUCACCUUUCCCGGCAAACCCUCCGGUCGUUUCUCCGACGGGAGAGUUCUCACUGACUACAUUGCUGAGUAUUUGAAUGUGAAAUUACCAGCAUCAUAUAGUAAAAGAGAAUAUGUGGCACCACAUCAAUUGAAAAAUGGAAUGAGCUUUGCAUUUUGUGGUACUGGUGUGUUUGAAACAUUGAAUCAAGGUCCAAACAUGACAACACAAAUAGAUUUCUUUCAAAAGGAAAUAGAAGACAAAGUAUUUACAGCCUCAGAUUUUAUAAAUUCAGUUGCUCUUGUUUCUGUCGCUAUUAAUGACUACAAUUGUUAUACUACCAAAAAUGGCUCUAUUGAGGGUUUACCAUCAUUCAUAUCUUCAGUUGUUAAUCAAACAAUCAAAAACGUAAUUCGCAUCAAAGAAUUAGGAGUCAAAAAAGUGAUUAUAUCAAAUCUACUACCACUUGGAUGUCUACCUUAUGAAACAACUUUAUCUUCAUUCAAACAAUGCAAUGAAACAACCAACAACCUCAUCGUAACUUACCAUAACACCCUCUUAACCGAAGCUGUGAAAAAAUUGAACCAACAAAUCGAGGAUCAUUCUUCAUCACUCUUUAUAGUUCUUGAUAUAUACGAUAGUUUCAUGUGGGUGUUGAAGCAUCCUUCCACAUACAACAUUAAUAAUGAGUUGGAACCUUGUUGUAUUGGAGUGAGUAGUAAGUAUUUUUGUGGAAUGCUUAUGGAGAAGGUUAAGAUGUAUAAGGUUUGUGAGAAUCCUGAAUCUGCUUUGUUUUGGGAUAUGGGUCAUCCUACUGAUGCAGGGUGGCAUGCCGUUUAUACCAGGCUAAGAAUAAUGAAUGCUCUUGAAAAUAUUUACGAUCAUUAG